GGAUCCACUUCUGGGACCGCUAUAUUGGCGGCCUUCAUCCCUACCUUCGUCACGGCUCUGAUCUAUGUUGCCGUCUUCGUGGCCAUCCGAAACAACUACCGGAAGAUAUACGCUCCACGGACGUUCCUUGGCAACAUUCCCGAGAAGGAUCGUACGCCGCAGGAACGGGCAUCCGGUAGCAGCUGGUUCCACGUCUUCCGUACGCUCGAGGAUCGCUUUAUCCUGCAACAUAACUCCUUAGAUGCUUACCUCUACCUGCGCUUCCUCAAGAUCAUCAUUGGCAUCUCCACUGUCGGCUGCAUUCUGAUAUGGCCAGUACUCUUUCCCAUCAAUGCAAAUGGUGGAGGUGGCGCGACUCAGCUAGACCGGCUUACAUUCAGCAACAUCGACAGGAAUGACUUUCUGUGGGCUCAUGUCGCAGUAGCUUGGGUCUUCUUUCUUGGCAUACUGGUCUUCAUUGCCUGGGAGAGACUUCGUCUGAUUGGAGUAAGGCAAGCUUACUAUCUUAGCGAUGAAUACGCUUCACGCCUUUCCUCCCGGACGGUGCUCUUCCUGAAUGCGCCACGUGAGGCAACGCAACCAGAGAAGGUGAAAGACUACUUCGGGGAGAAUGCUGUCAAGGUCUGGCCUGUGCGAGACACUGGAGAUCUGGAACAGCUCGUUCAGCAACGAAACGACACUGCGUACGCGCUCGAGCGGGCCGAGGUUGACUUAGUCAUGACUGCGGUUAAGCUGCGCAAACACCAGACGAACGGCGCCAACGGUGCAGGUUCGGUCGAGAGUCAGAAUGCUGUACCUCUAUCAAAGCGGCCCACUCACAGAAGCCCACCUUUAGUUGGCUCGAAGAACGACACCCUUGACACCACACGUAACAAUGUCCAAGACCUGGCGAAGCGCAUUGAAGCUCAUCGGUCCGCCCCAAGCCGGAACGUGCCUGAGCAGUCUGCAGUAUUCGUGUCGUUCGACAGCCAACCCGCGGCUCACAGAGCCUUCCAGAUGAUCACAUUCCAGCCUCGAGUCCCGAUACAGGAUCGCUAUCUUGCAGUGCAGCCGAAGGAAGUACUCUGGACGAACCUUGCCAAACCAGUCACGGAACGCAUGUCAAAGGCGUCUCUUGCGCUGGUCUUCAUCAUAGUUUUCACCAUCUUCUUCUCGAUACCAGUUGGCCUGAUUGGAACUCUUAGCAACGUCAAGAACCUGGCUGAUAAGUAUAGCUGGCUGUCGUGGAUCAAGAAUCUACCACCCGUCUUGCUCGGCCUCCUUACUGGCCUCCUACCGCCGAUCUUAGUCAGCUCCUUCGUUAGCUACGUACCCAAGCUCUUCCGCCACAUCGCAAAGCUCUCUGGAGAACCAACGAUACCUCAAGCAGAACUGAAAGCGCAGGCUUGGUAUUUCGUCUUCCAAGUCUUCCAAAUUUUCCUCGUCACCACUACAGCCUCAGGAGCUGCAGCAGUGACCCAGCAAAUUGCACAGAACCCAGCCUCAGCUACCGAAUUGCUUGCUGAGAGCUUACCAAAAGCGAGCAACUUCUACAUCACAUACUUCAUCUUGCAAGGUACAGCCAGUGCAGCUUCGAACCUCUUAAACUAUUCCGACUUGUUUGAGUACCUUUUCUACGAAUAUUACUGGGACAAGACUCCGCGCGAGAAGUUCAACACCUUUGCGCAGAUGAAGGGUACUCCGUGGUGCUCAUGGUACCCGAAGUUUACCAACCUGCUUGUAAUCGCCAUUGCUUACUCUUGUAUUGCUCCGCUCGUCUUGGGCUUUGCUGCAAUCGGCAUUCUCUUCUACUAUCUCAGCUACCGCUAUAACAUGCUCUACGUCAUUCAGACAAAGAUCGAUACCAAGGGCGAAUCUUACAAUCGCGCUCUUCGGCAGAUACCAACCGGCAUCUACCUGGCUGAGCUAUGCCUUAUUGGCUUGAUGGGAGCUCGCAAGGCUGGAGCACAGUCGGCGCUCAUGAUUGUGCUCCUUGUACUCACAGCCAUCAUCAACCUGCUGCUAGACAGGAUGCUUCGACCGCUUGAGCUGUAUCUCGGCGUUGAUAUCUGGCAAGAGCAGGAAGUCCCUUUGCUUGCUCAAGAGGACGACAUCGACCCCAACGACCAAGAGGCUCUGCAUGGCGCAUCGCAUGCUCGCCGCUUAGGCCUCAAAGUGCUACCCAACCCCGCCCCAAGGGUACUGUCAGACUUCUUCGACAGCAUCAUCUCCGCCGGCCGGGAGAAGGUGAAGGCAUGGCUGAGCGAUCCUUCACUGGCACGGGCAGAUGAGGCGCAGCAUAUCACUGAGGCUGACAUGGACAGCCUUUACCUCGCUCCUGCUUUCACCUCGAAAACUCCGAAGCUGUGGAUAGCGCGCGACUCACUGGGUGUAUCGAAGCAGGAGAUCGAGCUUAAUGAUGAGGCAGGCAUACCCAUGACAGACGAAGCUGCAGAAAUCGACUCGGACGGGAAGUUGCAUUGGGACCACGACUUCAAACAUGUGCCCGUAUUCAAG